AUGUUGCGGACCUUCGUGAGAGCAAUUCAAAUUGUAAUCACAGGAUGUGGGUUAACAUUCUAUUCCUUUUUCUUUCUUAUCAGACGGAGGAAGAUAUUUUUUUACCUUUGUCUGACGUAUUUUUGCUUUCUUUUCAUCUCAAUUCCUGCGUCGUUUGAAUUAGAAGUAUACUUCUGGGAACGCAGUCCUAUUAUUUUGACCACUGGAGUAUUCCUCAAACUAACUUUUUUUAUCCGUCAGUGUAGAGCUUAUGUGAGUUUUAUAGAGCUUACCGGAACCAUCAAUGCCACAACAAGCUUAUUAUAA